CAGGAAGGACUGAUAAACCCGCCGAUCAGUGGUUUGAUGGAUCAUGUGGCUCAGCUCAGUAGGGCUGCUUUCUCUUCAUCUACAGCCUGUUGCACCAGCUGUGCUGUCGACGGUUUGUCCGGUUGAUGUUCUGGAAGGUUCCAUGAAGUCUGAGCAUGCGCCUGGAGACACACUGAGUAAAACAGGAGAGGAUGAGGAGUGAAAACGGAACGAAACACCUGGGCAAAUGUGCCGUCAACGUGCAGGUAGAAAGAGGCGGAGUCAAACAGGCUGUCAGAGGUAUCCUGACCAGGUCAGCUGGAUGCUCUGACUGGCGUAACAGAUUGAGAACAUUCAAAUGUCACCUGCUGGAAGAAGGGCGGAGCCUCUUGGCAUUUCUCUGCGGGCUGCUGUUGGCGUCGGUUUAUGGUGUCAUGGGUCUCUUCCUGCAGAAACAGCCGCUGUGGUUCUGCACAUACACCACUAUCGUCAUAGCCGCCCUCGCUGCGUUUGGUUUGGGUCUGUCUGCCAGCCUCAGAGCUGACAUCAUGGUCAUGCUGCCGUCUCUCUGCUCAGCUAGUGGGCGGAGCUUCCUGCUCUUCCUGUUUGCCUCAGCACUGGUGUCGGGUCCUCUCGCCAACACGCUCGAAAACACGGAGCGAGCCGCUGCCAGUCUGCUGUGUGGAGCCGAACUGGCAGCCAAUCAGACACAGGAACUGAUGCAGAGAUCAGCCACGCCCCUUUUCUCUGCUUUGGACAAAAUCAGAGAGAUCAGCAGUAACGCUCACGCCGUCGCAGGAAGAGUCCAGAACUUCAUCCAUGCUCUGACUGACAGCGUCCGCCAUGUUGCUCGCACCCUGAGGAACGUCCUUCACUUCCUGGUUGACAUCGGGGAUGUGUGUAACGCCAAACUGGGCUCUCCAUACAGGAAGUGCCGGGAGGUGUUCGCCAAGGCUCAAGCUGACUGCUCCGACCUGCUGGGAGAGUUCAACUUCUUGUGUGACAUCAUGACCGGCUUCCUGCCGCUCUGCAGCCUGGCCCGUGCUGGUGAGCUCUUCUGCACCAUCCCCUCCUACAUCGCCAGCCAUCUGAAGAAACGUCUGGCAGCUCCCACUGUGGCGGCGUUCGAGCAGCUGAAGCGAGAGUUCGACUUCAACAUCACAGCCUUGGUGAACUUUGACCUGGACGCCAACGUCAGCCGCUCUCUGCAGCAGAUGUCUCAGGACAUCAUGGAGGAAGUCUCCUCAGAGCUUCACUUGUUUCAGAAACUGAGCACGCCGCUGAUGUACGGCAGCCUCGUGCUGCUUGCCUGGUCCUUCUUCAGGGCGGUGCGGUACAGACGCCGGUACCUCUCUAAGCUCGACUUCGACAACGUCUACAUCAGCGCUCAGUUUGAAGAACUCGACCACCAGCAGACAGCAGGGGGCGGGGCUUCAGUUCUGCCAUUGACACGCAGGGAGGCCAAGACGUACAUCACCCCACUUUCGUUCCAUCUGACAGCCCGUGAGUGGCGGACAGUGCUGGUGGGUGUGGCCUCGGUGCUCAGACACCUGGUGAUGGGCGGCCUGCUGGUGGCACUGGACUUCCUGGUGUUUUGGGUCCUGGAUCAGGUGCAGCACCAGCUAAAGGGGGACGUGGUGGCCCAAGCCCCGGUGACUGUGGUGGUGCAGGUGAACGGGUCUGGUUACGCCUCGGACAUCUUCAGAGACCUGGUGACGUCGUUUAACAUUCUUCAGGGAGGAAACGUCACAGUUAUCAGCAGGAAGUGUCUGCUGGAGCCGUCAGAGCCCGACUACAACGUGUGCUUCAUCCUGGGGUUCCUGUUGGGUCUGUCCCUGCUGGUCUCACUGAGCGGAGGAUUUGUGCAGCGCUGCAGACGGCUGGUCUGUGCUUUCUAUCAUCCACAAAGAGAGCAGGAGAGGAUCCAGUUCCUCAGACAGCAGAUCCUGGACCAGAGGAGGACACUGGGGAGAGCCCUGAGGAGGUCUGCAGCCUGGAUCAGAGCUGACCAAGGAGAAGGAGGUCGCCUUCACGCUCUCCUGCUGCGGUUACCUGGAGGACUCCGCCUGUCUCACCUGCUGGGUCUGUCAUCACUUACCUGUCUGAUGUGUGGAGAAGAAGUGAGAGAGGACGGCACGACUACCUGUGACGUCCCACAGUGUCCAGGUGUGUUCUGUCGGCCAUGUUUCCACAGUUUGGGAAACACGUGUGUCGUCUGUGAGCGACCUCUGACCUUCCAGGAAGACAGCGAGGAAGAGCUAGACUCCAGCGAUGACGAACAGUUAAGUUCGACUCAAAUCCCCUGAGUGCGUCGCAGUCCUGCAGGACUCUCCAGGAUUCUCCAGGACUCUCCAGGAUCCUGGUUCACAGCAUUCAGGCAUGAGAUGAAGUCUUAUUAUUAAAUAAAGAAA